UGGAUAAAAUAAUCUGAAUCCAAAUAUUUGCUGCCAGAAUAAGAGGGAGGAACUAGUUUCUGGAUUUUACCUUUAUAAGUCAAUUUUGAAUGACGCUAGCUGUUUGACGGAUAAAAAGCAUGUACCUACAUAAUGGCUAUGGUAAGAUAAGGAAAAGAACUCUAUUAGCUAGCAUGCUGACAAUAUACAGGUAAAUAUAAUGUGAAUCUUUUCAGCCUCAUAAGGCACGUAUAAACAAAUUUGCUAACCGUAGCAAACCGUAUAGACUUGGUAACACAAAGACAACAGAAAGAUUAUAUUUCAAAGCAGUGGCUUAUUUCUGUAAUCUCCACUCCUGUUUUUUUUAUUUGCCUAUCUAGAACCUUGCUUCAAGAAGUUUCAGCAGAUUCGUUUUCCUACAUGGUUUGCACUCUAAACUUCUCUGAAAACACCUGGGGAGACAAAUGAUGUCUUUUCCAUUCUCUUUCAUUAGAGCCGAAUGACUUUUUUAAAUAAAUAAUUUCAUAAAGAAUAAUUGUUACCAGAGCAUUUGGAGGUGGGAAUAUCUAGCUGUUUUGAGCGCUGGGAACCUUUCCUACACUCAUCCUUGCUGUGGAAGUUCCUGCUUUCCUACUGGCCUCAUCAUGGAAUGUCAUCUCAAUCACUGGAGCCUCAGACGAUACAGCAGACUCUCAAGAGGACACUGCAGCAUUAUGAGCACCAAGUUAUUGGUUACAGGGAUGCAGAAAGGAAUUUCCACAAUAUCUCUAACAGAUGCUUCUAUGCAGACCAUUCCAACAAAGAGGAAAUGGAAGACAUCCCAGGAAUUCUUCAGUGCACUGCUAAUAUACUCGGCUUGAAGUUUGAGGAAAUUCAAGAAAGAUUUGGAGAGGAGUUCUUUAAUAUAUGCUUUGAUGAGAAUGAGAGAGUCCUUCGAGCUGUGGGUGGCACGUUGCAGGACUUUUUUAAUGGCUUUGAUGCUUUGUUGGAACACAUUAGAACUUCUUUUGGAAAACAGGCCACUCUGGAGUCACCAUCAUUCCUAUGCAAAGAGCUCCCCGAAGGAACUCUAGUGCUCCACUACUUCCACCCUCACCAUGUCGUGGGGUUUGCUAUGCCAGGGAUGAUUAAGGCCGCUGGCAAGAAGAUCUACCGGCUGGACCUGCAAGUGGAACAGGUUGCCAGUGAGAAACUGUGCUCCGAUGGCUCGAACCCAGGCAAUUGUAGCUGUCUUACCUUCCUCAUCAAAGAAUGUGAAAAUACCACCAUCACAAAGAACCUUGCACAGGGCACCUCCCAUGUCCCUGCGGACCUCAGAAUCAGCAUCAGCACCUUCUGCAGAGCCUUCCCUUUCCACUUGAUGUUUGACCCCCACAUGUCAGUCCUGCAGCUGGGGGAGGGCCUCCGGAAGCAGCUGAGGUGUGACACUCACAAAGUGCUCAAGUUCGAGGACUGCUUCGAGAUAGUGUCUCCCAGGGUGAAUGCCACCUUUGAGAGGGUCCUCCUGCGGCUGUCCACCCCAUUUGUGAUCAGGACCAAGCCCGAGGCUUCUGGCACUGAAAAUAAAGACAAGGUGAUGGAAGUCAAAGGACAGAUGAUCCAUGUCCCAGAAUCAAAUUCCAUUUUAUUCUUGGGCUCUCCAUGUGUGGACAAGUUGGAUGAACUCAUGGGCCGAGGGCUGCAUCUCUCAGACAUCCCUAUUCAUGAUGCCACCCGAGAUGUCAUUCUGGUUGGUGAACAGGCAAAGGCACAAGAUGGCUUGAAGAAGAGGAUGGAUAAAUUAAAGGCAACUUUGGAAAGAACUCAUCAGGCCCUGGAAGAAGAAAAAAAGAAAACAGUGGAUCUUCUGUAUUCUAUUUUCCCUGGUGAUGUAGCCCAGCAGCUGUGGCAAGGGCAGCAGGUGCAGGCAAGAAAGUUUGAUGACGUUACCAUGCUCUUCUCGGACAUUGUUGGCUUCACAGCCAUAUGUGCCCAGUGUACUCCCAUGCAGGUGAUCAGCAUGCUGAAUGAACUGUAUACCAGGUUUGACCACCAGUGUGGAUUUUUGGAUAUUUAUAAGGUGGAAACAAUAGGUGAUGCGUACUGUGUUGCUGCAGGACUCCAUAGGAAAAGCCUCUGCCACGCUAAGCCCAUUGCUCUGAUGGCCCUCAAGAUGAUGGAACUUUCAGAAGAGGUGCUGACACCCGAUGGAAGACCAAUUCAGAUGAGGAUAGGCAUUCACUCGGGUUCUGUGCUCGCUGGAGUUGUUGGGGUGAGAAUGCCACGAUAUUGCCUGUUUGGAAAUAAUGUCACUCUGGCAAGCAAAUUCGAAUCAGGAAGUCACCCUCGGCGCAUCAAUGUCAGCCCAACCACUUACCAAUUAUUAAAACGGGAAGAAAGUUUCACAUUCAUUCCUCGGUCCCGUGAAGAACUUCCAGACAACUUUCCAAAGGAAAUCCCUGGAAUCUGCUAUUUCCUGGAGGUAAGGACUGGUCCUAAGCAGCCAAAGCCUUCUCUUUCUUCCUCGAGAAUAAAAAAAGUUUCCUACAACAUUGGCACCAUGUUCCUCCGGGAGACAAGCCUCUGAGACCUACUGCAGAUCAAAGACUCCUCCAAAAAGCACAAGCCCGAACAUGGGUCAUGACUGGAGAGUGGAAAGAGGUGGUUUCUCUUUCACUACCUUGCUGAGAACAAGCAGCAGAAUUUCUGUGUUAUGUUAGGCAAUAAUCCUAGAAAAAGGUGGAUGAUGACUGAAAAAAAAAGAGAGAGAGAGAGAGAGAGGUGAGGGUAAUAAGAUGUGUCCAUCCAUGUAAGUGUUUUUUGGUCAUAUAUAUAUUAUAUAUAUUUUAAGUACGGGCCCCCUUUCAAAACUAACCAAUAAAUAGAUUCCAUGUUUUCUUGUUUGUCACACAUACAGGUAUUUUUUCCCAUAUAUCUCUAUCACUUUUGAGAGCCAGUUUUGAUGAUAUAUUCCUACAUUUAGUGAGUUGGUAUGUGAGGAAUAUUUUCUAAUUUUGUUUUUUUGAACAGACAUUUCAUACAUACAUCAUGGCAGUGUGGUCAACUUCCCAGCAGGAAGAACUGUAACUCAGCAAAAUAUUUUAGGGAUAUUACCUAUUUUUAUACAUCUCUCUUCUUCUAGAUAACUACAUUUCACACAACAUUACUCGAUUUUCAGAAUCUGCUACUGUGUAGUUGGUAUAUUAUGUAACUGUAACCUAUUAAUCAAAUAUAGCUUCACUUAUUUAGACAGAUUAGUGCUUGGACUGAGAAUACAUAUAACCAAGGACUUCAGAUGCUGAGAAAGCAUUGUAUGUCUGCUUAGUAAAUAUAUCCUUUAGAUUUAAUUAAUGUAGCAUGGAAUGCAAAGGAAAUAGAAUUUCCUAAUAACAGAUUUAUCUGUAACAAGGAUUACAGAAAGGUCUUAUUGCCAUCUUCUAACAAAUGUCAUUUAAAAUGAAAUGUUUUGCUACAGUGGACCCUUUUCAACUUAGCAUUUAUAAAUAGAUAGCGUGUACAAUGUACUCAACUAUAUUCUAAUAAGCAGAGUCCCCACUACAUUAUUACUCCUUCCCCUACCUUUCUACUUUCCCCACUGGAUGCCUCCUAAGGGCUACCUGCCACUCUUGGGAGCAAAUUCCUAGAUGCUGUAGGACAUUUUGCCAAGAAGGUUGUUUCUUCUUGCAAGAUAAACAAGGAUGGAGAAACCCUGUAUUUUAUGGCUUUGAGUUUAAAAAAAAAAAAGAAUUUUUCUUCUGCAGUUUGAUUGAUGGGGAUCUUAAAUUCAGUGAAUCACCUUCAUGAACACAGAGGUAGGUCUACCCUCCAGGCCCAGCCAUUGCCAUAGUGACAGAUAGGCUUCGAUCACAUGUGGUGCUAAAAUGAAGACCUGUUCCCACUAAUUAGCACCGCAUGAAAAUAUUAUCACAGAUGCACCCUGAAAUUAGGAGUACAGUACAUCUAGAGUUUUCCUAUUUUGGAUCUAAUAUAAACCAAGUUUCUACUGAGGUUAAUGAACUGGAAAUAUUUGUUUCCUUGAAACCUUGAAGUGGCUCUUUACUCCAGACAGUAUGCUCAUUGAGAGCUUAUGUCUACUGAAUGUAAUAGAGUGAUUUCUCCAGUCAGGCAUUUUGUCUGCAUUAUGAUUUGUUUGUAACAUAACUCAGCUAUGUUAACUGGUGUCCAAUGUAGUCUAUGAGGUUUAUUCAUGUUUUUAAGUUCUCUAAGUGUGUAGCUAGAAAACAUUUGUAGACAUGCAAAGUAUGUGUUAUAUAAUCGUUGAACUCUGUUUUCACCCUAAGGCUUAUGAAGAUACGAAUGUAAUACUUACUGUGCAGACAGGAUCUAGACCAUGAGCUCUCUGAAUCCUUGCCAGUCGUUUCUCCUCCCUGGUCCUAGGUCCCUGUUUUUAACAACAUGGAGGCCUGAAGCCAGGGUGUUUAUUUAAGUGGAGUUUUGUAGGUUGAGGACAGGGUGCUUUCAUGAGGAUAGUUACAAAAGAACUUCUUCAGGGGCCUUGGAGGUUAACCCACUUCCUUCACUGGGAACAAGGGGGCAGGUUUAUAGUCAGUGUGGGCAGAACAGGCUGCAAACCCCUAAGUCCUCUUGCUGAAAGCCGGCAACACUUUAACCAUGUGCUCUGCACAGCACAGGGGCAUGGAGAGAGAACCCAGCUUCCCUGAAGUCAUUUAUGCUUAUUCUGCACAGGAGCUUAGAGCUUAUUAUGAUAAAGUAAAUCAGUAAACAUUUUGGUGGUAAACAAUGUGUUGUGUAACCAUCAGGAUUUCCAGUAAUCAUCCAAUCUAUUUCUCUGUUUUUUAUAAAGAUGUGUCUAAACAAUUAUUCUAAGUAUAUGAUUAUUCUUUCUAUACUUAAGAAUAUCUGUGGGAAGCGUAUUUUAAAAGCAUCAUUGAAAAUCUACUUCAUUAUCUGGUAAUUGGUGAUAGCGCCCAAGACACGAAUUGUAUAUACCUUCAAUUUGUCAAAAGAAUAACAAACUCUUAGCUUAUAUGGUUCUACUUAAAGAAGAAGUAGCCAUUUACAUUGUCACAAAUAUCACAAUGAAAAAUAUACCAGAGAUCUAUUAUAUAUCACAGGAUGUAAACUACACUUUUCAAACAAUGUAAUCUAAAUGUAUCUUUGAAGCUGUAGUCUGUGACAAUAGUCUAACCUGUUACCAUUUUGCCAACCUAUUACAGUUCAUUAUUAAUUACCCUCUUGCUAUGUGUUAGCAAGUUACUGCAUAAAAUGGCUGUUUAUUCAAGCUGCACUCAUAGAAGUUAGAAGCUGUGAAAAACUAUUAUACUUUUAUUUGUCCUAUGUAAUACAGUCUACGUAUCCUCCAUUUAGGAAAUGUGACUGCAACAAUGGGUCAUAGUUAGUACUUCAUUUGACUAAUAUAUGUACAGUAUUCUUACCUAAAAAUUACUGCAAACAUCAUGCAUUUUAGUAUGGCAGAUUAAAAAGAAUGUAAAUGGAUGUCCUAUUAGAAGUCAAGUGUUAUUAAAUUAGGGAAAUGGCUUUAACCCACUCUAAAAUGGAUACAUUCAAAUAUAAUUUGGCACUUACAGCUCCUCUAGAUUAGUGUGCUUUGGGGUAACUAAUUUGAAGAAGUCAUUACAUAACUAAGCAUCAGUACUGGAGAUCCACACUGACUUCAGUAUUAUUUUGAUAGAAAGAAAGUCAUCAUCAUUUGCAAAUAAAUCUGUAAUCCAACAAAGUCACAAACCCCCCAUAUGUACCCCAAACUGUGCACAGUAUGUGCUUUGGUAAUCUUAAUAAACAGGUAACAUUAGCCAUAAUAAAAAAAGAAUAAUUCUCAGUGCCAUGAUAACACAUAUCAUUGGAUCUCUCAUCUCUGUAGUAUGGUAUAGUGAGAGAAAGAUGAUAAAGAAGAUAAAGCUUCUAUAUAACAGGUGAUUGUCUAAAACCUGAUUUGAUAUUCGUUUCUUCUACUUUAAAUUAUUUUGGAUUUCCCUUUUAAUAUCUGACUCUCUGAAGUCCAAUGAGCUGUGACCUAUUGUGACUCUGAGACUGUCACUGAAACCUGAGACUUAGAGUGGGCCCAUGGACUCAGCACUCCAAAUAGGAACUCUCAUGGUCUCACACUUGGAUCUCUUGUCCAGGGAUAAUAGUAUCAGAGACACAGUGUUUUAUUGUUAAAGUGCAAAGUGUGCCCUUCCAGGAAACAGAGCAAAACAAGGCAACAAAUUAUACAAAAUUUCAUUCACAAGAGCAGCAAGGUUUUUAAUUUUGCAAAAUGCUCCAAAGAUUUCCAGCAAUAAAGCAAAAUUAAAUUGAUACAUUCAAAAGGCAAAGCCUCAGAAUUUGGUAAACUACCAACUUCUGUGUUUUAUACAGAAAUAUUGCUACCUAUUGAAAUCACAUAUUUGAGGUUUUGAGAUACCAAGAAAGACCUUGAGAUUAUGAUUGUCAUUAAAUCUAUUUACUGAAUGCUCUUGGGGAUCCCUACUUGCUGAGAACAAGUGUCAUGGAUCAUCAGGAGAGAACAAAACUUGUACACAUAGGUUUCUGUCUUAUCAUGCAUUUUAUGCACUACUGAGCCCGUGCCCUGACCCUGUCUACUCCAUGGUGUCACUGGAAACCAUCUCAUUCCUUCAAACCUAGCCCCAACAAACACUAGCACCUCUGAACCUAACACGGCCACUGCAAGAGGCAGACAGGAAGACCCACACAACCUCAGGCCCAAGUAACAAGGCACUUCUGAAGUGAACUAACCAUUUUCAGUUGGGCUGGGGGCAUUGCUAAUGUCUGCAGCUUUUCCCUGUGCUUUUUCAAAUACAGCCUGACUCCAAGCACUUGGUGUAACUUUACCAAAAAUUCCUUCAAAAUGAAUUAUAUAUGACUGAUUAGGCUUUGGGUGACACAAGAUGCCUUUUAGCCAAGAAUAGUGAUAAACUAAGCCCAAGAACCAAGAACCAAUCAAUUGCAGCCUAGGUAUUUCUAUUAUUAGAAUAUAGAUCUUCAACUACAAAAAUCAUGUUGUUUCAGAGGCUUCUAUAAGCAUAUCUACCAGAUACAGAUGGAAAAACAUGGUACACAAGAGACUGAGUCAUGAGGGUUAACAUACGCCAGUCUGAAUGAUGAUUCCUUAUGGGUAGCUCUUGAUAUAUACUUCAUUCACAAGCAGUUAUAGAUAGAUAGAUAGAUAGAUAGAUAGAUAGAUAGAUAAUAGAUAGAUAGAUAGAUCUUGCCAGAAUAUACUGAGAUAGUGUGCAAAAUUCCUUCCUCACACUUGAUUCAAACAACUGAAACCUAAGAUCUGUCCUGCUGCCUUUCUGUUUCCUUCCUUUGUUCCUUUUCCUUUCAUAUUUAAAAAAAGUCCAUGAUAUGGCCAAUCUCAUGUUGUAAAAUAGUUUCAGUUUUAUAAAGUAAUGAAUCCUCUUUGUGGACAGGUGUAGGUAUGUGUGCAUGUGUGUGUUGCAUGUAGAUAUUACAUGAUUCAAAGGAGUGACCUUUUGGAAGGACCUGGAAUGCCGAUAAGGAAGGUUUGCAUUUUUAUUUCCAAUAUGUUGUGACCAGAACACAACUUCAGUCAAGUGCUUCGUUGCCAUCCCAUCCUUACUAAGAAAUGAUCCUGUUCAAUAGUUCAACUCAUCAGCAUGGGAUCAUCUGGCUGCCCAAGUAAGAAGUACCCAGGAAGCUUUCAGAAAUACAAAUUACUGAGCUUUACACCUGCAGAGAUUUGGAUUCAGCAGGUGGCAGAUAUGGCCUAGGAAUCUGUAUUUAGAAAAUCACUCUAGGUAACGAGAAUAUAAAGCCAGAUUUGAGCUUCACUGAAAAGUUUUCAAAUAAUCUCAAUUACCAGAAAUAAAUAAAGGUGACUAAGAGGGCAGUCUAUUAUUUCAUUUGUAGUUAUUUUGAAAAGCUAAGUAUUCUGAGCUUUGUAGCAUUAUUUCUUUCACAAGUUUUAAUUUUAGCUUUGGUCUCAAAUUUACAGUCUGCUUUUUGAGCAGGAGACUUCAAACUUAGAAACAAAAGUCAAAACUAAUAAGCCUGAGGAAUGAUUAUUGCUCACUAUAGGGCUAUUUGGCACAGUAGACCUGGUACCAUUUUCUUAGUUACCACCUGAGCUGUGCAAUAUAUCACAGUAGUUGCUGGUCCACACCACCAAGCUAUAAAUUACAAACUUUUGGACUACAAAAAACUAUAAACUUUUUUGUUUUGGAGAAACAAAUGUCGAAGUGACAACAUGAUUUCUGAAUGCUUUGAUUUUUAUGUCAUAAAAAAUCACAACUUAAUACUUAGUAUCACUCUGUACUUUUCACAUUGAAUUGUGCAUUCAUCUAAAAAUAAUUUCCUAGCAAUACUUUAUAACAACCUUUCAAGCAAUAAUUUAAGCCAUGGUAUGAUACCAUAUGAAACCUGCACUUCUGUGCGCUUCAUAGCACCUUUAGGGAAAUAGAGACAUGUUUUAUACAAGCAAUAAUAUGGCUGGUGUGGACUUUCAAAAGAUAUUCUUGAUUCUAUUACAGCAAAAUAAGCAGUAAUAACUUAGGUAAAAAUUAUCUGAGCAAAUAACAUGGGUUCAUCUGUCUCAGAAGCCAUUCAUUUGCACACAUGCUAUAAAGUAAUAGACUCCUAGCACAUUAUUUCUGUUGUAUAAUUUUUAAAAUAACCUAUCACAAUAUGAUUUCUGUUCCUCCCAAGAGACCUGUGUAUGUAAUGUUGCCCAGACUUUCAGGUCUUUGUAUAAUAUGAUAGUGAGGAGUAGUUAAGGAUGUAUAAAUGAGUAAAGUAGAGCAUAGGUUGGAUGAGUUGAUUGAGAAUUUAGGCUUUGCAAAAAUACAGAUGGAUCUUGGGACAGGUUAAUUCGAAUUCUUGGUUUGAUAAGCAUUCAAAGAUGAAAGAUUAAAGAUGAAGAGAGCUCAUUACUACUGUUUUCUGUAAUGGCAAAUGUUUAGUAAAUAUAAUAGUAUUUUGGCUCCAGAAUAUGAUUGAUUGGAUGUCAUCUGUAGUAUAAUUAAUAAACAUCUGAAAAUGAUUUUGUAGCCUUAUUGAAGAUAACCUGCCCUUCUCAGCUGUUUUUAUGAUAGUACUAAAGACUAUACAUUUCAAAAUGAGUAAUUAAUAUUUUUAGUAUUAAAAUGUAAUUUUAAUCAAAUAUGGCAUAGUCAAUAAUCAGAUAAUUUAAUAGUUAAAUUAUCCCUCCAUCAUGUAGCAUAACAUAGUAGGAUUACACUCAAGGCAAUUGGUGAAUUUAUGUUACAAUGAGGAACUUCUAAACCUUGGGUUAUUAUUUAGCAAAGUCAUAUAAAUUUAGGAUCCAUUCCUAAACCUCUAAAUAAGAUUACAGCUCCUAUUAUUGCCUCCCUGGGCAAACUCUCUACUAAUCAUGAAUCUGAAUACAAUUGGAAUGGUGGCUGGGCUUGCUGCUAGUUUACCUUCUUAAUAACCAUUGCAAAAGUGAAGGUAACAUCCUUCUUCUCACAACUUAGAAAAUCCCCUUAUAAAAAUGCAACAGGACUGUUGAUUUCCUGAGAAAGUUUUUGAUAAUUAUCUUUUUGCAUAUCAUUGGAUGCUUAAUUCAUAAAAAACAUGCUUUUGACUGUUAAUAAAUAAUGAAAAAUACUUAAUUUGAACCUAUUAUAGUGAAUUUAUCCUUUCAGUUAAUUCAUCUAGCUGGUGAUCAGAUCAUUCAAAAUAUUAGACUUACAUACUGUUGCAUAUUAUCUGAAUGCAGAAAACUGAAUAGCAGGCCUAAGUCAUAGCUUGUUUCUGAUUCUUUUGACACAUAGUCUAAAAAGAAGGGAAUCAGUUCAUAAUUCAACCUUCUUCUGUGGCCUUUUCAUUAUUUGGAGAUAAAAAAGGGAUUCUACUAAAUAUAUUUUUACUGUGGUCUAUUAAAUGUAAUUAAAUAUAAGUAGGACUGUAAUGUAUUAAUUGGGGUAAAAAUCAGAAAUGUAUAAAACUACUUCUUCACCUCGCUUUUGAAAGAUAAGCUUAUUUUGCUGCUUGGCAGUUAUGCAUCAGACUCAAGACCCAGGGCCAGAUGGAGAGGGUGGGAUGCACAAGAGCUUUAGGAGAGAUGAAACAAAAAGGUUUAAUUUUUUUCUACAUGAAGGUAUAGUUAAUCGUAAAGGAGAAGCAGUUUCCGUAAGAGAUACCUGUGGUUUAAUGAAAGCCAGAUGACUUAUUUGACUGCUGGUCAUUCUUAUUUCAGAAAGGAAAGAGGAAAACAAAAUCCUUUUCAGUUUUCUUAGGAGGUGGGUUUGCCUCUCAGCAGCCGCACAUUUCAGUGAAACUGGGAUUAGAACCUCACAGGGCUAUAAAUAGAAACUCUCUGAAGGUGGCUGAUAGCACUAGUCUUGGUUACCAAGAUGAAGGUAAAUGAAGGUGUCAGAACAUCUGGACUGAAGGAACAAAGAAAACCAAAUAGCAGCUCUGCCAUAUGUCACAGAACAGCCUGCUAAAAUUAGUGUGCAAGUGAUAUUAAAAUAUUUUUCCCCUUGAUAACAUGCCUGACUGAGCAAACGCGCAGUAAGAACACAAUUUGAUUUUAUACAUCCUUUUUGUGUGUGUUCUGACAUUAUAGAAACGAUAUCUUUCCCUCGUUGGGAAAUCUAAUCACAAAGAAUGAGAAAUACCCUGUGUUCUAAAUCAUUUUUGGAGCUAUACUCUAUUUCAUAUUCUUCUUCACACUAUUCUCACAUUGGGCUUUGGCUGCUAGCAAAACAAGUGCUCGACCUUAGAUAGAAGCCUGCCUUUUUUUUUUUAAGAUUUUAUUAUUUAUUUAUUCAUGAGACACACACAGAGAGGCAGGGACAUAGGCAGAGGGAGAAGCAGGCUUCCUGUGGGGAACCCAAUGUGGGACUCGAUCACAACCUGAGCUGAAGGCAGAUGCUCAACCACUGUGCCACCCAGGUGCCCCAAGAGAAGUUUUUCUGACCCAAAGCCUGUCCUGCUCCUGCAGGGAUGCUGCAGAGUUGGAGCUGGGGAGGCACAUCAGCAGUUGGUGUUCUGCCCAAGAGAAGAGGUAUUAUUGUCUGCCUUCCAAAAUUAGAAGUGGCUAGGUAGCCUCUUAUCCUCAUUUAAAUAUGUCUCACUUAUAUGCAACUGGUUAAUUCAGGCAGAUUGCUUAGAACAGAAAAGUUUUAAGAGAGGAAACAAAUCUGAAUAGCUUUUAAUCAGAAUUACCAGCUAGAAAAAGAAUUUAGGAUGAUAAUUUAUGUCUUGAAAGAGUCAAUUUAUAUCCCCCAGUCAGAAUACUAGACACUUCUGAAAGUUUUCUAAAUGUAUCAAGUUCUUCAGCACUAAGAAAGAAAAAUAAUUUUGUUGAAGGAUUCCUUAAGGCUUUAUCCCCUGGAGAUAACAUAUAAUUAUAAAACGCAUUUAAAUUAUUUUUUUUUUCCUGGACAGCCCAGGUGGUUCAGCAGUUUAGCACCGCCAUUGGCCCAGGGCGUGAUCCUGGAGACCUGGGAUCAAGGCCCAUAUUAGGCUCCCUGCAUGGAGCCUGCUUCUCCCUCUGCCUGUGUCUCUGCCUCUCUCUCUCUGUGUCUCUAAUGAAUAAAUAAAUAAAAUCUUUAAAAAAUUUAUUUCUUCCUCUAUGUUUUCCAUUUGUGGCAGAAAAGAUAGAAAGGAUGUCACAGAAAGACUGACAAAUUGUGGCAGUAAGCCAUGGUUUGCAAAUUUGGCAACAUUCUUUUACUUAAAAUACUAAGCUGUUUUUAAUGAUAUAAGGGUAAGAAUAAUAGUACUGUAUUAAGACUUGUUCGCUUUAGAAUUAUUCAUAUCCAUAUUACUAUUACUCUCAUAAUAAAACCUAAAUCAAAGCUAAUUUAUAUUCCAAUCAUUUGAACAAUAAAUAUAAAUGUUCUACAUCACCUCUAACAAGAAUCUAUACAUUUCUGUACCCAGUGAGACAUCAAAUCCUAGAACUGCUUUACUUUUAUUGUCUCUCCUUAAUGCUCAAUAUCGCUAACUUUCAUGGCAGCAGGAGAAGAUAGCUUUCUUCUAAGGAGAAAGGGGUGUUCUGGAUCAAUAUAUUUAUGUAAAACCACUUAAAACAUCCUUUUUUUUUCCUACUUCUUCAUUCAAAUCUCCAUGAAGUGAAGCAAAAUAUUGGAAUGGCCAGAUAGUUUAUCAACAAUAUGAAACUCCCUCCUUCCAAAUUUUAUUGGUAUAAUUUAUCAUAUUGAAAUUAAAGCCAAAGCUUGGCUUGAAGUCUCAGAUGAAUUGUUUUCAUAUUAUUUGGCUAGAAAGAACUAUCAGGGAAAGGUGAACUCUUAUUUAUGAUAGAUGUCAUUCUAGCCAGGAAGAGAUCAACAACCUAGAUGACUGUAUGACUAUCCACACUAAUUCAGGGAGGGGCUUUUUAAAAUUCUUUAAUUUUUGCUCUUGUUAGGCAAAGAUAAUUAUUAGUGGAUGACAGCCAAAUUCUUCCUGUCUUUUUUAUCUGUUACAAAUGUGUCACCAGGCAUUUGUAAAGUCCAUCCCUUUCUUUGUUAUACCACUCAAUGAUCUGGAAUAAUGGGUACUCACUGCUUUUUCUUUUGAUCCUUAAAAACACUUUAUUCCCUAUCUAAAAGAAUUCUCCUACUAACAUGCAAAUGAGGAAGUAUCCCAUUUUAUGACUAUAUGUGAAAUACUUCGGCUGGAUUCAACUAGAUUGCAGGAGAAAAGACAGCAACAGGGAAGACGAAAAGAGACAAAUCAAAUUUUACCUACAUUAAAAUUAUGUCUGUAGCCCAACCCCAUUAACCCAGAAGACAGCUGAAAAAAGAUGAACUGAUUAUAGAUUUUUAAAUACAAAGUUCAUAUUUAACAGAAUGUCUGAAAGUUCAUCAUGUCAAAACUUUGAUAAACAAAAAACUAAAAAUAUGCUCAUCAGAAUGAAUCUAUUUAAAAGUACAAGAAGAACUUUUUGCCUUAUAGAUGCCCUACCCCUACCCCACCUCACCCUGGUACAGAAUUUGUCUUCUGUUGGGAAAAUGUGGUACUGUGUCAGUAUGUGUUGUAUGUCCUCACUAAACACUAGUAUCAUCUUGAUUAUAAUGGAAAACAGUGAAAGGGUCCAGUCUCAAGUGUGGCUGUAACUUGUGAUGCAUCAGUAGAAUUUGAUACUGUUUCUGAGGGAGACUCUGGGCAAGCGUAAAGUGCAUGGCCUCUGUGUUGUAUGCAGGAGUAAUCCGGUCCUCACAGGUGGCCAGCAUCCUCAGCUUCUUUUUUACUUUUCAUUCUUUCUUUCUUUCUCUUCCAUCUCUUCUCUCCUUCCUACCUUCCUUCCUUCUUUUCUUUCUUUCUAGCUCUUAUGACAGAUGUGAAAAUAGUGUUUCAGUAUUUGGGUGGAGGCUUCUCUUUUUUUCUUGCACAUCACUGAGCACAGUGUGGCUUUAGGAGGUUAGGAACAGAAGGUGAACAUUUAAACAUAGAUCAUUUGGGGAGGGAAAUGACAGAGAUCAUUGAGACAUUGUCUUCUCAGUUAACAAAUCUGGAGUUUAAAAUACAUAUAUGUUGUUCUUUUGCACUGAAUUUGAACACUUUCUCAGGAAGUAUCAGGGUCAAACUUUUUGAACAACCUCCUAUUUUUGCCCCUACAAAGAUCUUCAUUUAGAAAAAUCUUCUCAUUUUCAAAUAGUAAGUUUUUACUUGGGUGCCACUCUGCUCAUCAUUGAAAGAGAAGAUAGCAUUUGUAAAGAGAUUGCUUUUAAAAAACAACUUUCCAAUAAGGCCAAUACAUCCAAUGCUACUUGAUUUUACUGGCUCUUUAUCUAGAGAUAACUUAUCCUGUCCGGCUUCUUGUGUACCCCUCUGUAACUCAGUUUGGCACAGUAUGGUGUCUGGGCUUCUUUUUUGAGGGUAUGAAAACAUUUGCCAUCAAUUCUGUAAGUCCGCUGUAUCGAACAAGCAAUAUACAAUGUAUUCCCUAUUUCUUAGCUCUCUGCCUUUGAGAUCUUAGUGUGUAUUCAGAUAACUGUUUAUAAUCACAAUUUCUACUUAGUCACCAGAAUUAACUAAUUACUAUGCUUUUAAACCCAAAAAUACACAGCUUGGAUCAUUUACAAGUCCAAAUUCAAAGCCUUUUUUCCCCCCAGGGAAAAUUCAAUCAUUUCUAGCCAAGUACUUGAUUCCUAAGGGAAAAGAUGUGAAUUAUCUUAUUUAAAAGAGUAAAAAUGAGGAAGAUAUUAUGCCCUUUCAUUUUAGGUAUCCCCAACACUAUAAUCAUUUGAACAAGUAUUGGAUAAGAUUUAAAGAAUCUUUAAUCCCUGAACUGAAAAUAUUUUUGGUUUUUUGGUAGUGUAUUAGUAAUAUAUUCAAACUACUUAUCAAGUUUUCACCAUGAUAUAAAUUUGUAUUCAUUAACAGAAAAUUAUAUAGAAAUAAUAGAGCUUUUUUCUUUCUAGAAAUAUAUGCUUCUGUAAGUCAGAUAUCUUUGAAUAUUGGUUUACUUCUCAUUUAGACUUUUUUUUUUUUAAAUAUAUCUUGAGGAUAUUCUACUCUAAUGGAUUAGUCAGUCAGUCCAGGGAAGAGAUAUGAAAACUACAGAAAAAUUAAAAACUUUAAAAGAGUACAUUUCAAUGUCAAUUGACUUUUACUUAUUUCACCUUGACUUGUGAAAUUGUGAAGAAAUAGGCCGCCACCAUAUAAAUUGACACUUAGGAAAAUAUAAAUUUCUUCCUGUGACUUCCAGUGUUAAAAAAGCCUGUGCCUUGAAAUAAUACACAAUAUUGAUACUUGUUCGGCUUCACUGUCUUUACCAUUUUUAUUUCUUUAGAGAAAUAUGUUUAAUAAUGAUUGUAAAAAUAGAAGAAAUGUGGUUGAGGAACACAGAAGAAAUUAAGAUCAAAUGUGAAGAGAGUCCUAUUUUCUCCAUUUUGUGUCAUUCAGGCUGAAUUGACAUCUAAGGCCCAGAUUGGCAGCCUAUCACUGUCUUCUUUAAGCAUUUGAAGAUAAGCAAAAAUUAUUCCAACCAUGUGGACAUUUAUUUACACCAUAAUGGCAGGUUUUGAUUACCAUGAAAAUCAGGUUAGGUUCAUAUUUUUUAAAAAAUGGUCCAUGGGGAGAAAGACUUUCUGAUUUUUCUUGGAUGUGGAUAAACAGCUUUUCCUGUAUUUAAAAACAAAACAAACAAACAAAAACAAAAAAAAAAAAAACCUUCCUGGGUGUUUGGCCUUGGAAAAAGUCUGAAAUUUUAUGACAUCUGCCUGCAACUACAUUAUAACUUUGGCAAUCAAAUGACAGAACUGUCUCAUUAUGCUUUUAAAACAUACCAAUUAAGUGCAUUCCAGAAAUAAUACAUAUCAUUCUUCAUUUCAAAAUCAACCUACCUGAAUUCUGACUCUUCAACUGUGAGUAGCCAUUUUAGAAAACCAAAGGGUCUCAUUUCCCAAAACCAUACUGUAGAUUAAAAAAACAAAAAACAAAAAACUUGCCUGUUCAUUUCAAUGUAUAAGAUAAAUAGCCAGUGCAUUUCCAUCAAACUUUCUGGCACUAUAUAUAUAUAAUCAUCAAUAGGUUUCCCAACUCAAUAAAAAUACAUAGUUUAUAAUGUACUAGGCCUUCAUUUGCUUCCUCUGCAUGGGGUAGUUUUUAUGUAAGGAGAUACCUGAAUUAUUUUAAUACUUUGGCCAAUUCAUUUGCUGUGAUUUCAUGGGUCUAAAUUUUUGAUUUGGCUUGCAAUGUAAAUACUAUUGUACAUCUGCUAUUUUGCUAUCGGAUUAUACUUUGUGAGUCAUUUCUUUUAAAUAUCUAGUUAUCACAAACUUGAAUUACAAUGUCAUUAAUAAUACCAGGUCAAUAUACUAAUAUAUCUGUAAGGCAUGGUUAAAUGCAUAUAUUUUGAAAUGUCAAGCUAUUAUUUUUAAAAGAUGAAUGCAUCUCUUAAACCUGUACCAUUCAUUAAAAAGUUUCAUUUGGUGUUUAAUAUUAUAUUUUAAAAUAUUUUCCUUUAUCUAGUAGUACAGGUUAAGAGAACCUUUUUUUUUGAAUGAAAUGAUAAAAUAUGCCUCGUUUCACUAGAAUUUUAAGAAUACUAGUAUGUGUAAAAGUAUAUAAGCACUUACAAGAUUAUAAACAUCCACUGUAUCUUCUUUGGUUUUCAUGUAACACGACUUUUUACUCAUGUGAUUAUUUUUACUUGUAAUUAACCUAAAUCACACACAGUGUAAAUAGCAUGUUUCAUUAUGAAAAAUGUCUUUGUAUUUACAGACUGCAGAACAAGGUAAAUUUGUAUAUGAAAAAUGAUUGAUGAAAGCCUGGGAUUCUUAAGAAACAAAGUGGAAAUGACAGUUGUGUGUUAUAUUUUACAUAAUUCAUUACAAAAUUAAGUCAUGCAUUUAUUUACCUUGUAAGUCCAAACUGUCACUUAUAAAAAUAUUUAAAUCAAUAAAUGAUACCAAAAAAGA